AUGGGUCAAUUCCACUACAAAGUGGUCAUCUUCUGGGCCAUAGCCAAUCAUUGUCUUGCUCCAGAGGCCAUCAUAAGAGCGAAUGGCAUCAUUAAUAAACACAAGUCCGGUCUUUUUGUUCAUGGUACCUUUGGCACAGUUUUUGAAGACCACAUCAUCAUCCCAACGCCGACGCACACGAAAAUCAGCCUUGUCCCCACCAGAGCCCAAGCUUGGCAUGAGCGGAUUCCCACUCAAGAUGGCUUCUGUGCGGAUGCGAUCCCUCUUCAAAUGCUCUCUGCUGGCAUCGACGGGCAUCUGAGCAGGCUCUCUAAACUUCAGCUUUGUGUGGGAGGGGAGAUCACGCGAAGAGUACUGUUUAGACAAGGCACUGAGAUCAGUCUCUCCUUUGCCUUGCCCGCCUCUUGCAGGCUCGAAGGUUGGGCGAGCGGCAGUCGUCAUCUUCUACAGUCUCAACAAUUGGUCAACGGGUUUUUGGACCUACGUAGAGCAAUCGGGUGGGAUUCAGACAAUGAAAAAUACACGGAGAACGCGAUCAAACGCAGCUCAGAAUCUCAAACUGACACUUCUCGUCGACCUGAGGAGGAAGACAUUUUAAAGUUUGAGAACCCUGUUAAGUUUGCCGUCACAACCUAUACAAGUAAGAGUACAGGAUGCAUAUACUUGCUCAAUCAGCAAGAGGUUGAAAGCGAAACAAAUGAGAAGAUUACAAGAGAAAACAACUAUGCCCACCACUGCGGGUCUCCUGCGGAGUUUGAGGAUGAAUUGGAGUUGCCACAAUGGCCUGAGAUGCUGUUUGCAGAUAAUUUCUUGCUCUUGAGUCAUGAGAGUGGGGUUGCACUUGAUUUCAAUCCCCUUGAUGCUUUGAAGACAGUCAAUGCAAAGGAUCCACCCUUGGGCCUCCAUGUUGCCUCAGCUGGCAAAUGGAGAGAGGCAAGACAUCCCCCAAGUGGAGGUCACCAGGAUUUGGGGAAGUUGCUGGAAGUGCUGUUGGCUGGAAGUGAGAGAAGACUUUCGAGACGUUCUUUUGAGAAGUGGAAGGUCGGCAGGGGAGAAUAG